UGCAUGACUCUGCAUUACCUUUGUUGAACUCACCUAGUGUUGAAGGCGAUGCUAUCAAAGUUUAUGUAAGGGUACGUCCCCCUUCAGAGGGAACUGUGUUAACUGAUGGAGAUCAAGGCUUGUGUUUAUCUGUUCUUUCAUCAAAUACCAUCCGUCUGCAUUCGAAGCCUGAGCCGAAGAUCUUCACUUUUGAUUAUGUUGCAAAUAUGGAAACAACACAGGAGUCAGUGUUCUCAAGCGUGGCCAAAAAUAUUGUUGAAUCUUGCAUGAAUGGCUACAAUGGAACCAUCUUUGCAUAUGGCCAAACUGGGUCAGGAAAAACAUUUACUAUGAUGGGGCCAUCUGAUUCUGAUAAUUUCACUCACAGUCUGAGAGGUGUAAUUCCACGGAGCUUUGAAUACUUAUUUUUUCUAAUUGAACGUGAAAAAGAAAAGGCUGGCAGUGGAAAGAGUUUUCUCUGCAAAUGCUCAUUUAUUGAAAUCUACAAUGAACAGAUAUUUGACUUGCUAGAUUCUGCUUCAGCUGGACUCUUUCUCAGAGAACACAUCAAGAAGGGAGUCUUUGUUGAUGGUGCUGUUGAACAGGUGUUGUCAUCUGCUGCUGAAGCAUACCAGGUAUUAACUAUGGGCUGGAGAAACCGUCGUGUAGCAUCAACCUCGAUGAACAGAGAAUCCUCAAGAUCACAUGCAGUUUUCACUAUCACAGUGGAAUCCAUGGAGAAAAACAAUGAGAUUGUUAACAUUCGGUCUUCCCUGCUCAACCUGGUAGACUUGGCAGGAUCUGAGAGACAGAAAGACACCCAUACAGAAGGACUGAGGUUGAAGGAAGCAGGUAACAUAAAUCGAUCAUUAAGUUGCCUGGGCCAAGUAAUCACAGCACUUGUUGAUGUGGGUAAUGGAAAACAGAGACACAUUUGUUACCGGGAUUCCAAGCUCACUUUUCUGUUACGGGAUUCCCUUGGUGGUAAUGCAAAAACAAGUAUAAUUGCAAAUGUUCAUCCGGGAUCCAGGUGUUUUGGUGAAACACUGUCCACCCUUAAUUUUGCUCAGCGAGCAAAGUUGAUUAAAAACAAGGCUGUGGUAAAUGAAGACACACAAGGAAAUGUGAGCCAGCUGCAAGCUGAGGUCAAGAAGUUGAAAGAACAGCUUGCUCAACUUACUUCAGUGCCAUCUACGCGUGAUAUUUCUGUAUCACAAGGUGCUGUUGAAAAAGGGAAGAACAACGUAAAUUACAUGAACAACUUUCUUGAAGCAAUGUUGUUCUGGGAGAAAUCAGAAGGUGAAAAGAAGAAUUUAUUAGAAAAAAUUGCUCAACUAGAAGAUCUGUGUGCCAAGAAGGAGAAAUUUAUUCAGUCCAAUAAAAUGAUAGUUAAAUUCCGUGAAGACCAUAUUGUUCGCUUGGAGAGAUUACAUAAAGAGGCUGGUGGAAGUUUAUUGCCAAAAGAGCAAGAUGAUCUCCUCAGUGAAUUGAGGGAGGAAUUGCAGACACUCAGAGAACAGAUGGAACAACACCCACGAAUUGCAAAGUAUGCCAUGGAGAACCAUAACCUCAGAGAGGAGAAUAAAAGACUUCGUUCUUUACAGUCAGUUAAAAAGGCCCAAGAAAUUGAUGCUCAGACCAUUGCAGAACUAGAAAAAGCUUUUUUGGAAGCUUCAGCCACAGAGAAAAAUACUGGAGGUCAUCAUUUAUAUUCCACCACCGUAUCAGUGGAAGGCAGCUCACUGGCAUCUGUUGAAAGGCUGAAAGCUCGCCUGCUACAGACUCAGAGUGAACUGGCAAGUUCAAAACAAGAAUAUGAAGAAUUUAAAGAGCUAACCAA